AUGGCAUACUCUAAGAAUACGUUAGCCUUUUGCUUCCUUGUCUCCUUAUUCUCCUUCUCAUACGCUCAAACCGCCUGCUCGAAUUUCCAGUUUUGUGGAAAAUUCUACGAUUCAUGUAGUGAUCUUCAUGCACUGAAUUCCUUUAUUCACUGGAAUUACGAUCCGUCUUCUAGUACUGUCGAUAUCGCGUUUAGGAAGUCCGAAAACGAGCACGGAAGAUGGCUUGCUUGGGCUAUAAACCCAACAUCUACCGGAAUGAUCGGCUCGCAAGCUUUUGUCGCGUUGCAGCGUUCUAAUGGUGCUCUUGAAGCAUACACAUCACCUAUCGACACCUACGGAACCACGCUUACCAAAGGUGACUUAAGUUUUAGGGUUCACGAUGUUUCAGCUCAGAACAUCAAUGGACAAGUCAUCAUCUUUGCCAAGUUUGAGCUACCCAUCAAUGCAACCAAUAUUGUGAAUCAUGUUUGGCAAGAAGGUCCACUACAAGAUGAUGAUACACCAGGAGUUCAUGGCUUGUCAGGCGAUAACUUGAAGUCUUUCGGGACUUUAGAUUUCCAUUCCGGGAAAACUGUGGCUGUAACUCAUAUAAAACCAAAUUCAAGGUCUAAAGUAAAGAUUGCUCACGGGAUUAUCAAUGGGGUUAGUUGGGGAAUGAUGAUGCCACUAGGUGUUGUUCUUGCUAGAUUGAGAUAUCUACCAUUGGCAGAAUUACCAGCUUUGUGGUUCAAUCUACAUAUUUAUUGUCAAACUAUAGCUUUUUUCCUUGGUAUUACUGGUGGAGGUUUGGGAUUUUUUCUUGGGAGACAAUCUUCCGGCAUACGAGUGAAACACACUUCUCAUAGAUAUAUUGGCGGUGCACUCUUAGGCCUUGCAACAUUACAAGUCUUAGCUCAUUGUUUACGGCCAAAAAAGGAUCACAAAUAUAGGGUAUAUUGGAAUAUCUACCAUUGGUGCAUUGGUUAUGCUACUAUUAUACUGGGAAUCGUAAAUUGUUUCAAGGGUUUUCAGAUGAUGGAGGUGGGGAUUUGGAAGAAUGCUUACAUUGCUUUUCUUGCUUCCUUGGGAUUUUUGGCUGCUGCUCUUGAAGUUCUCAGAUGGUACUUGAAUGCUAAAAAAGGAACUACAUCAGAAGCUUCUGCAAAUGGUAUAGAACAGGCGUAG